UUACAGAUUUGUUUUGCAGGAUUCCAAAGGAGAAAAGGUUAGAAACAUUGGACUUAAGUGAUGGGAGAUGCUUGUAAGUAUGCAGUUGUUACAGGAUCAAACAAGGGAAUUGGCUUCGAGACUGUUAAGCAGUUCGCCAAUUCAGGUGUAACGGUUGUCUUAACAGCCAGAGACGAAAAGAGAGGAACUGAAGCAACAUCCUUGCUGAAUGAACAAGGAUUUUCAAAUGUUGUGUUUCAUCAGCUUGAUGUUCAAGAUGCUCAGAGCAUUGAGUCCUUGGCAAAGUUCGUACAAACACAAUAUGGGAGGCUUGAUAUUCUGGUAAAUAAUGCUGGAGCUUCUGGAGUUGUAGUUGAUGAAGAUGUCCUAAGGGCCUUGAAUGUAGAUCCUGAAGACUGGUUAGCAGGGAAAGCUGUCAACGUCAUUCAAGUUGCGAUGAAAACAACUUAUGAGAGUGCCAAAUUAUGCUUGGACACUAAUUACUAUGGUGUUAAGAAUGUUACUGAAGCUCUUCUUCCAUUGCUGCAAAAUUCUCCUUCAGCAAGAAUUGUUAAUGUCUCCUCCCUUAGAAGUGAAUUAAAGCGAGUACCAAACGAGGAGAGGAGAAAGAAGCUAGGAGAUGUUGAAAACCUGACAGAAGAUAAAAUCGACAAGAUUCUGCAGAAUUUUUUGCAUGAUCUGAAACAAGAUGCUCUCGAGGUGAACGGUUGGCAGAUGAUGCUACCAGCAUAUAGCAUAUCAAAAGUCUCACUCAAUGCUUACACUCGAAUUCUCGCAAGAAAGUACCCGAAAAUGUGUAUCAAUUGUGUCCAUCCUGGAUACGUCAACACGGAUAUAAACUGGCAUACAGGAACAAUGCCUGUAGAAGAAGGAGCUGAAGGAUCUGUCAUGCUAGCUCUUUUGCCUGAUGGAGGACCUACUGGUUGCUACUUUGAUCGUACAGUAGUUGAUGAGUUUUAAAUAGAACAAUAACUACGCCUCAGUCCCAAACAAGUUGGGGU